AUGGCCUCAUCAACAGAAACAAUGACAUACCAAGACAAUCUCAACGCACAAUACCUCUCAUCCAGCCUUUCCAGCCUCUCCAGCUCCCGCUCCAACAACACCCUUAUCGUGCGGACAUACAAGCAGGCUACGCAGCAGUACUUGACGAAGCAGUUCAAGGGGGCUUUGGAGACGCUCGAUGCGAUCAUAUUACCGCAAGAAGCCAAUGGCGCGGACGGCUGGAAUGGCGACAGCAAUGGAGCGGCGAACGGAGCUGAAUCCGGGCCGGCAAUGAUUGCGCAGAGCUCGAGAGGUACGAGGACGAAGGUGUGGGUGUUUUACCUCAGCCUACUACAUGCGAUUGUGGAGAUGGGUCAGGAAGAGGGCAAGCUGGUCUUCGGAUCUGCGACCUGGAGGCAACUGGCCGCGAAGGUUCGGGAUGGGACGGUAUGGGACGAAGUGGUGCAGCGCGGGUAUGGCGGAAACGAGGGAGAGGUGGAUGCGGAUGUUGUGGUGAACCUUGCGACACUUCUGUUGGGCCAUAUGCAAGAUCAGCGACUGAACCAACAACGGCUGGAGUCUUAUCUGGCUACCUCGGACAACGGAGGCACGAACGGACAUCUGAGCUUUGGUCAGGAUGGUGUGAGCACGCCAAUGUCUGCCAGUUCGUCCACGCCGAAACAGUUGGCGAGUCGCAUGAAGAUCCUGGAACUCUACAGUCUCCACGUCUUGCCUGCCAACGGCGAGUGGGACUACGCCCAACAAUUCAUCGAGUUGAACGACACGCUUGACGAGGAGCGCAAGGAAGCUUUCCAAGCGGCGCUUCAAACACUGAAAGAGGAGAAGGACGGUACUGCACAGCGCGAGCGAGACCUCAAGGAACAACGAGACCGUGAGAUCGAGGAGGAGAAACGGCAGGAAGAAGCUCGCCAGGCUGAAGCUGCCCGGCAAGCAGAAGAGGAGAAGAGAGCUGCUGCGGAGGCUGCAUCGAAGCCGAAACCUACACCCACUGCAAAGGCAACUGCGAACGGCAAUGCGUCGUCGUCAAAACCAACACCGACUCCGCGACCUACUGCAUCAUCCCACCAGUCAUCCUCGAGACCACCUCAGAAGAAGCCAGCACCUAGGCCUUCCCCACCACCGACGCUCUACCGCCGUGCAUCCUCCGCACUAGGCAAUCUGCAGCAUCUCGUGCGCAACAUGGCCAACGGACAGAACUCAAUGGCACUACUGCGCUUCUUGAUGUUCAUAAUCGCCUUCCUAGUCGUGAUCACGCGGAGAGAUCUAAGAAUGAAGCUGAGACGAGGAAUAGAGGGUGGAUGGACGAAAGUGAAGCGGACGGUGGGAAUGGGAGUCAAGGUCUCGUAUUGCACCCCUCGUCCACCCAUGUCGGUCGAUCGCGAAAAUGAGCCUGUUUCUAUCGGAAGGAACGGCAAGAACAAGAGACGGGCAGAAAUUCUGUGUCGCACAAAAUACCUUGGAAUUACCGAAUCGUCGUUAGGUUUUGCCUUCCAAAACGGUGUAUUCCGAGAGUAUCUCGAUAGCCACCACAUCUGUGGUUGA